AUUUUACUUUCCUCUGUUCAAUGCACACGCAAAACUGCAAGUACUUCUGGUUAUGUAUGUUUGCUGGAAACUAUCCAAUAGUCUCUCAACUAACAGGCCUCACUGUUAGUCGUUGUUCAAACAUCUUGCAAACAGCUUACAUUGUAGCGAACCAAGAAGCGGUGCAAAAACAUUAAAGCAAUAAAUAAAUUUCAAUUGCAAUCGAGCCACAAAACCUAUAGUGCAAUGCAAUUGUUUACUAAUUUUCAAGUUAUGCCGCAAGCGGAAACAUUUUUUUCCAUCUCGGGCAUUUAUCAUCUAAUUACCUCAAGUCUUUACUUAAUCGGCUUAGUUUCAAUCGCCUUGUUUUUGUACGAUAAUUUAAAAUCUCUUGUUAGCAUUUCGAUGGCCGUCCUGCAGCCAUAUUUUCAACCUCAUCUUUCACAGACUUUAGCGGAUAAGUUUGGCAAAUGGGCAGUAAUUACGGGCGCUACAGAUGGUAUUGGUCGAGGUUACGCGAAGGAAUUGGCUAAACGUGGCCUUAAUAUUGUCUUAAUAUCACGCUCAAAAGAAAAGCUAAUUGCAACAGCCAAUGAAAUUGAAAAUUUAUACAAAACAAAAACCAAAUGGAUUGUGGCGGAUUUCUCAAAAGGCAAAGAAAUCUACAAGCACAUAAAACAGGAAUUACUGGGCAUACCGGUGGGAAUACUAGUAAAUAAUGUUGGACGCAUGUACGAUUAUCCCGACGAGUUAUGCAAUCAACCCGAAGAUUUACUUUGGGAAAUUAUUAACAUAAAUAUAGGCGCCGUGACUUUUAUGUCUCGUCUCGUGAUACCGGAUAUGAAAAAGCAACGAAAAGGUGCUAUAGUUAAUAUAUCCUCGGGCACGGAAUUGCAACCAGCGCCUCUAGUGGCCGCUUACGCAGCCACCAAAAGUUAUAUAAGAUCUUUAAGUUUGGCAAUGGAAUGCGAAUUGCAUGAAUAUAACAUAACCGUGCAGUGCGUAGUGCCAGGCUUUGUUGUAACUAAAAUGAAUCAAUUCUCCGAGAGUUUACAACAGAGCAGCUUUUUUUCACCACCUGCAGAAACAUACACGCGUUGGGCCGUCUUUACGUUGGGUAAAACCAAAGAGACUACUGGCUAUUGGACCCAUGCCAUAGCGUAUUGCUUGAUAAAAUUAUUCCCGGAAUGGUUACGCAUACGCGUUGGCCACUUUUUGAGCAAGCAAUUGAGGACAGAAUAUCUUAUAACGCAGGCUAAAAGAAAAAUUAUGUAA